UAAUGAGGAGGUGCUUAUCUCCACUAGCCGACAACUGAAAGUCCCCGGUAGGCAUAAUUCAGUCAUCUUCUCACACAUGUACGUGCAGGAAGACAUCAGAGCUGAUCCCGUGAACCCAAUUCAAAAUGAAGCGCCUUUUGGGUUAUUCAUUUGUGAACGCCAAGGAUACCAGCGAUCUGGAGAGCAACGGAGUUAUCCUCGGAAAAAUCGAGUCUCCGAAGAAGGAACGAAAUUGCGUGCGAGCCAAUUCCAAGAAGCUUUUACUGGAGGAUAAGAUCACGGAGCGAAUUCGCAAGAGCAUUUGGCCCGACCGAAACGAAGAGUUGUUGAUCGCUCUUUUAGAACACCAUCCCAAUGAGAUCAACAAGCAUUCGGGGAUUCUCAAUAACACCCUCUUGCACAGAGCGGCUCGUCAUGGAAAUAAAAAAGCGGUUCGAGUUCUAUUGGAUCGAAAAGCCAAAACAGAUGCCAAAGAUGUUAAUGGACAAACCGCUUUACACAUUGCUUGUGCUCAUAAACAGGAGGAUAUUGUCCAGAUGUUGGUGGACGAUUGGGCUGAUGUGAACUUGAGCGACAUUGAUGGAGACGCUCCCAUUCAUUUGGCAUGUAAAGGCGGUUCCAUGAGCAUUCUGAAGAUUGUCAUGGAGAAGAGCUUGUGCAAAAUGGGAUGCGAGGGCAAUGUGGGCAACUCACUUCUUCAUUAUGCUGCCCAACACGGUCAUGUGGAAAUGAUGAUUUAUCUCAUUGAGAAUGGGAACCAUCCCAAUCAGAAGAACUACCUAGGCGAGACCCCAUUGCAUCUGGCUGCGGGAAUACAUAUGAAAAAGGUUGGAAUCAAGCCCAUGGAACUGUUGUUGGACAAGGGAGCGGAUCUGAAUGCCCGAACUCUCUGGGGAGAUACGGCGGCUCAUUAUGCGGCCUUGGGUGGAACAAUAGAAGUUUUGAAGUUUCUCUGUUCUGAAGGGAUCAAUCUUGACAAACCGGAUAGAAGGCCGCCCGAUGAUGUCAUUGAAAAAAAUGGGCUCUCAAAGGACUUCUGUGAGCGAAUGGAAAUGAGUUUUCUGAAGAAAAUUGCAACCUCGGCAUGUAAAGUGAAAGCCAACUUUGUCAUUGACAAGAUCAUGGCCGCCCGAAACAUCAUGAUCAUGAAUCAGAGUGCAUAUUUCCUAGAUGGUCACCGAUUCAGAGUCUAUCACCACACCGAGUUUACCGAACAGGAAGUCAGCUUCAAGAAUAUGGCUACAGAAAUGCGGCUCAACAUCUCCGAUCCGAAAUCAGCUUUCAAUUCGUUUCUCAAAAAUAUCCCCGAGAGUGUGGAUUAUCUCCUCAAUAAAUGUUUAGUCUCAUUCUGUGGCACCGACCAGAUCCAAGGCAAGGUCUUGUUUGACUUUUUCCUUUUCUUUCCGCCUUAUUCGGCAGAAAUAGACCUGAAGGAUCAGCCCGAAAACCUCGGCGAAUUGGUUCUUCUUGAGACCUUAAUUGGUAAUCAUAAGGAGAGAUUCCUCACUCAUCCCCUCAUUGAAACGUUCCUGAAACUAAAAUGGUAUCGAACAUGGCGUUUGUACCUGGCCAUAAUCAUCCUAUUUGGAGUUUUCACCAUCACCGUCCUCGGCUUUUCGUUGGCCCAUUUUGGAAACGUCACCGAAGAGCCUUGGAUUUUGGGGGAAAGAAACAUUUGGUGGUGGCUCCUCUCCGUGACGUCCACCUAUGUUGCAACUACCGAACUCAUCAAAGUUGUAUAUCUCACCAGAAAAUUCUUCAGAAACACCAAGCAUCAUUUGGAACACCUUAAAAAGGACACCUCAAUGGUCAUUUACAUGACAUUCCGGAUAUGUCGUGAGUUGACAGUGACCUUUCUACCGAUUCUCUUGUUGUACACGGAUUGGCCUUUCGAGACCAAGCGUUACAUCGCGGCCAUUUCGGUCAUUUUGACUUGUCAUUCGUUCAUGUUGGCCUUAAGUCGGCUCCCCAAGAUUGGGAUCUACAUCUUCAUGCUGUGCAAAGUAUUCACCACAAUCAUCAGUUUCUUCCUGUCGUACUUUUGGCAUUUCUUGGGCUAUGCCGUGGCCUUUCAUAUUCUCAUGCCAAAGGAUGGGGCCUUCAGUAGCUUGAGUGACUCCAUAAUCAAGGUCUUAACCAUGCUCAUGGGGGAGUAUGAUUUUACGGAUAACUUCAUCAACGAGAACACGUUUUGGUUGGCCAAAUUACUUUUCGUCGUGUUUGUCAUUGACAUGUCUGUGGUGCUGAUGAAUCUUGUGUUGGGUUUGGCCGUCAAUGAUGUCGAGAGCAUCCUCCAAGAUUCCAAUGUCCGAAGAAUGGUUCAUGAGACACUCACAGUGGUCUAUCUUGAGGAGCUCAGUUCCAAUUUGGCCAAGCUCAAGUUUCCGUUCAGGUGUUGCCAGGAACUGAGGAUCACAAAUAGCAGCACGUGCCAGUUUAAAGAGGUGGUCUACUUGAACCUCGUGGAUGUCAUUCAUCACGAGGGUAACCAGAUCGUCAUAGACAGAAUCUGCACUGACGGGGUACGAAAAUCCCAUCCAUGUCCUGAAAGCGUGUCCCAAAACAUUGUUUCCAUCUUAAGGAACCGUCUGUCUAUACACAACGAAUUUCAUCCUGACGCCAACUCACAAAUGAUCAUAUCCGAGUUGAAGGAACACAAUCAACGCUUGGAGACCAAAAUAGAGAAACUUGACCUUCAAAUUGAAACCCUUCUCUCCCUGGUCAACGAUUUGCAUUUGAAAUUUCCCCCAAAUGUUGUGUAACUGAAUGUUAUCAAUAUUUGAUUCGAUUCUCGUCGCAUGAAUACAUCAUAUAUUUAUCAAUAGCAAUGCAACCAUUGUUAUAACACAAACGAAUCUAAUGCUCCUCGGCCACCAAAUUGUCCAUAACCAAAGCGUUAAUCCUUCUGUCCAAAGCGUGACGGUCUUCGCGAGCGGACGGAGGAAUAAUCGACACUUGCGGAACCUGUGGAACUCCAGGGAUCGUAUCGUAAAGUCCGUCUUGAGACAGGUGCUUGAGCACUCGUUGAAUGUCCUUCGUUAACAGCAAUUUUGGUCCAUCAUUCAAAAUUCGCAAGAGACGGGGAAAAUCGGUGGCC